CUAUGCCAGGGGGCGUUGCCAGGGGCAGCCUGGGCAGCGCCAGUCCAGCCCAUUCCUCCAUAAAGCCCUCACAUCCCCAGAGUGAGCAGAGCCAGGGCAGGAUGGAAAGGAGACGUGUCACCUCGGCUGCUCGCCGCUCCUACGUCUCAUCCGCGGAGAUGGUGGUGGGGGGCCUAACUCCCGGCCGCCGCCUGUGGCCUGGCGCCCGCCUCUCCCUGGCUCGAAUGUCCCCUCCACUCCCGGCCCGGGUGGACUUUUCCCUGGCUGGGGCACUCAACGCCGGCUUCAAGGAGACCCGGGCCAGUGAGCGGGCAGAGAUGAUGGAGCUCAAUGACCGCUUUGCCAGCUACAUUGAGAAGGUGCGCUUCCUGGAACAGCAAAACAAGGCGCUGGCUGCCGAGCUGAACCAGUUGCGGUCCAAGGAGCCCACCAAGCUGGCUGACGUCUACCAGGCCGAGCUCCGUGAGCUGCGGCUGCAGCUUGAUCAACUCACCGCCAGCAGCGCCCGGCUUGAGGUCGAAAGGGACAAUCUGGCCCAGGACCUGGGCACUCUAAGGCAGAAGCUCCAGGAGGAAACCAAUGUGAGGCUGGAGGCUGAGAAUAACCUGGCUGCCUAUAGACAGGAGGCAGAUGAAGCUACCCUGGCCCGUCUGGAUCUGGAAAGGAAGAUUGAGUCACUGGGGGAGGAGAUCCGGUUCCUGAAGAAGAUCCAUGAGGAGGAGCUGCGGGAACUGCAGGAGCAGCUGGCCCGACAGCAGGUCCAUGUGGAGCUGGACAUGACCAAGCCAGACCUCACAGCGGCCCUGAGAGAGAUCCGCACACAGUAUGAGGCAGUGGCGUCCAGCAACAUGCAGGAGGCAGAGGAGUGGUACCGGUCCAAGUUUGCAGACCUGACGGACGCUGCUGCCCGCAACACGGAGCUGCUCCGUCAGGCCAAGCACGAGGCCAACGACUACCGGCGCCAGCUGCAGGCCCUGACUUGCGACCUGGAGUCCUUGCGCGGCACGAACGAGUCCCUGGAGAGGCAGAUGCGCGAGCAGGACGAGCGCCAUGCGCGGGAGGCGGCGGGUUACCAGGAGGCGCUGGCCCGGCUGGAAGAGGAGGGGCAGAGUCUCAAGGACGAGAUGGCCCGCCACCUGCAGGAGUACCAGGACCUGCUCAACGUCAAGCUGGCCCUGGACAUCGAGAUCGCCACCUACAGGAAGCUGCUGGAGGGCGAGGAGAACCGCAUCACCAUUCCUGUGCAAACCUUCUCCAACCUGCAGAUCCGAGGUCAGUAAAGCAAGGUGUGGGAGGGGUGUUGGAUUCCUGCCCCCUCCCCCAGGCCAAGGGGCCACUCUGGCCUGGGGCUGAGGACCAAGGCAAAGGGGUCCGGACUCCCUUUGCGGGCCUUCAUGAUUCAUCUCAGAGCUCCCAGCCAGAGUACACCAUCCCAGGGCAUUUCCGAGUGGGGCUUGCAGCCACUCCUGUCCUGCUCUGCCCUGUGCCCCAUACCCCCUCCCUGCACCCCAUUCCACUGCAGAACUGAAUGAGGUCUUAACCUCUGCCCAGUCUGCAGAUCCCUGAGCAAACUCUGCCCUUCUGAGUGUUUUCUGUU